GACUCACUACAGGGACGUCGGGGCAUGUUUAGAGACGAGAUAACAAACGUCCCAGCCUGGAAAGGAAGAUUCAUCAUUCAAAAAGUGUGGGGGCGAAUGGUGAAUGUAGUCAAUAUCGUGCAGGAGCGCACAUCUCGAUGGGCGUUUUCGCGUUACUUCUUCAAAAAAGACAUUCUCCAAUGGAAAGCAACGCAAAAGAAGAGCUCUCAUGUUGUAACGGCAUGGAUUUAAGAGUGCUGGUAGUAGUGUUCAGCAUGGUUGCCUCUGAACUGUCUCACGUUCACACUAGACCAAUUGACUUUGUGUGUGACAGCGAGGCCAGAAGAAUGAUGAACAAGGUGAAGGACUUACAAGUGGAAAUGGUUGUCUGCAGUGCUGUUGAUGCUCUGCCGUCUGAUAUUAAAUUACCAUGCAUCAGAAUUCACAAAGCAACCUGGGAGAGAAAAUCAGUGCAUGAGCAGAGGGCUGAGAUCCUGCUGUCUUUGGGGACUCUAGCGCAGGAUGUGCGGUCUGCCAGGACACUCAGCCAACCUGGCUGUGGACUCACUCUGCUGGAGCGCUUGGAGCACAGUAUCAACAACUACUUGCAUGUAGUAAGACUACUCCACAUUGAAGGGGAGCAGGUAGGGCCCCAGGCAGAGCUAUGUCUGGGUCUGCCCUCUAAGGAUUUGGGUUUGGUGUUGAAGCACUUUGGGUUUCUGCUAACUGGCAAGCUGGAGUGGCUGAUUGCAGAGAUGGCAAAGGGGUGCGAGACUGAAAGACUGACUUCUAAUCUUGUAUAAUGGGACCAGACAGGCCCAAUCAAUUUUAACAAUGGUCCAACUUCAAGACAAUGGAGGGCCAUGCACUUUGCCAGAGAUCAGAGACUUACUGAGGAGAAAGUACAUGAUCCAUAAACAACAACACUGUGCCAUCUGCUGGAUCAUAGCUGAACUGACUCACCUGUUGAGAGGCACCUACUGAACUUUUAAAACAGACCAACUGUUCUGAACUGAAUACAGUUUCUGGUGAGUGCUUAUAUAUCACAGAUUCUAUUUAUUUAUUUUAUAGCCUGCAUGAAGGUUGAAUUGACUCUACAUGGUGUGAUAGCACAUGGAAGAUAACUGUGACAGAAUGUGUGACAAUGCGGAGGUAGUGCGGUGCACACACAGGAAGGGACACUUUAUCUAUACACUCCAAGUUAUAAUUAUCAAAUGUUUGUGUAUAUAAUACAUUUUGUGUAAAAAUACUAUUUACAAUAUUUUGUAAAAAAAACUUGUAAUUAAUCCAAAGAUUAAGACAUAACAGAGUCAAAGCAUCAGUGACCAAAAUAUUUAAGAAAAUAUUUUAAUAUAUUCUCUUUUAAAUAUGUUUUGUUCUCCUCUCUUUUAAUGUUAUCCACAUUUUGUAAAAUGUAUCAUUUGUAAGAGUUUUUUUUUAAAUGUACAUAUCUAAAUAUUUAAAUAUAUUUUCAUUUAAUUUGUGGUGUGGAUUCUUAACUCAGAAUUAAGCUUUGAAAUGUACAGUAUGUAUCUGUAAUGUAUGCACUAUACAGACAGUUUUCCUGCAGUGGAUUUACUAGUAGAAGAUAUGCACUACUGUUCAAAA